UCGCGGAGCUCCCCGCCCUCCGCUCCUUCUCCUCCCUUGUACUCCGCAUCGCGCCCUUGUAUUCGGCUGAAACGCGGGGAUCAAACACUUCGGACAUCAAGAUGUCGAAGACUGACGUACCAGAGAGCCUCAGAAGGGACUGCCCGGAUUGGCGCGUUAGAUACGCGGUCUGGGGUCAGCAGUGGGGAAACCCUAGCUAUGCGACUGCUGCCCGACUCGCCGCAGCGGAUGGAAGUAGCGAGUCGUCGUUCGUGGCCACGCCGGAGGCGCCCGAGCAAGUUCAAGACGCAACACCGGACGUUUCAAGCACCAUUUCGGCAAAUGUCCUAGCUCAGCGCGAUGGAGAAAUCGUCGAGGGAGACAUUCCAGCUGAAGCUGGGGCGACGUCGUACGUUGCGGGGGUGCAGUACGACCAAGAGCCAUCGCGGCCACUUUUCCGGUCACCACUGCUACCUCCCUCUGCACACGAGCAGGAAGCGCGUGCGAACAUCGCUGAGCCUGCAGCGCUCUACCAUGCUUCGGUCGCUCCAGACCUGUACCAACCGCAGACGUAUGCGUCGCCAACGGGCUAUUCGCUGGGAGUGGCACCGGGAAUGUCGGAGCCUGACGACGUGAAUCCCCAGUCGAACACGCUGGCUGCUUCGAACCCGUACCUCGAGUACUCGUACGACAUCGCGGGUUACUCAUACCCGACCCUCGGGUACGCAAACGGGACGCACAUCGAUGCCCCUACAGGCAUGGCAGGGUCAGAGACAACGGCCCACUGGAUACCGAACCAACCAGCGACAGACAUAUACGGCUCCCUUCCAGCUGCCCGGAGCGGAAGUGCUAGGGACGACAACAACUUCGAGACAGUGAUUUCGGGCCAGUCGAGCGCAGCUUCGACAUCGCUCGAUUCGUCAUACCAUCGCCAGGUCGCAGAAUUGCCGUCGCUACAGACCCAUUUCGACAAUCUUGUCGUCGACGCGGACUGGCCGCAGUGGGAUCGAGUCGCUAGCGACGAAGUUCUCUCGCAGGAGCAGUGGUUGGAAAUCAUUGCCGCAGCCGCUCAGCAGGCUGCGCCAGGAGAGCCCGAUUCGGUGAUGGCAAUGAAGCGCGACGACUUCGGCGGUGAGUAUCACGUCUCGGUAAUGGAGCCUCGACUGAUGUCCGAGCGACUGGCAGGUUACAACGCCGCGCCAUUCCAUGCACUUGAGCACAUGCCCUCUCCGGCACCUGCCAACCAAGGGCAGAACUUCACGCCCGGCGCAGCGCCGCCGGCCGGUCUCCUUUGGACGGAUGCUCCGUCCGUCGAGCUGGCGGAAUGGCUCAGUCUUCCGAGCGACUUCGAGGUUGACGCGUCGCCUGACAUGGCCAUGGUUGAUGAUGGGUUGCGCACCUCGCAUCUGCCGGGGAACGACCAAUUGAAUCCUUGGUCUGGCGGUGGUGCCUCCGCCGAAUCCUCUCAGGAGGCGCCAUCCCACGACUCCUGGAUGCACCAGGGGUACUGGAAGUGGUAGCCUGACUUCAGCAGUCUUUACCAGCAACUAUCGCCGUUCAGCGAGACGAUGGACAUACCUUUCAAUUCUCAGUCUCCCUCAAUCUCCUCCCGCACGUCGUCUCGUACUUGUCUCGCUCUCGCCGUUAUCUGUCAAGCCUGCUCUCUAUUUGCUCUCAUCUCGCUGACGAUCUAUACACGAAUGUCGCGCUAUCUCACAACUGUCCCAGUCUACUCACCUCGCUUCGAUCUUGCUAUGUUCCCAACUCUCACGCGUUUCUUGUAUCUGUAGACCCUCCUGUAUAUUCUGUGUCUCUGGCGUGGAACAGCCGUUGAUAAGCGUCGUUAACUCUACGCACAAUCUGGUGAUAACGCACCUCAUCAUUGACCUACAUGGUGGGUGUGAGCGACAUUUUCCCUAGGAUGGGUACGAGACCAGGUGUGAGG